AUGUCCUCAGAGCUAAACUACACGUUUGAUCAGCCACUAUCUGACCCGUCUGAUCAAUCUGCCUCGUUCUGUGGCUCAGGCUCUCUGGAUCAGCUUGCAGGUAUCUUCGCAUCUAGUAACGCUGGUGUGGGUCUCCCUGACAGCUUUACACCGUCAAUGCCAUUCAACGAGCAUCCAGAGGUGAAUCCGCAGCACAGCGAAACACCAAAGGCAGCGUCUCUUACGCAUCAGGGGUAUAGAGAUAAUGAGAUAUGGCUAGCCGAGCUCUUUGCUGCAGAGUCUGAAUCCAGUGCUCCAGUGGCCUUGGAUCAAGCCUCCUCCGUUCCUUGUGAGAUGCCACUUGCACAUGCUCUCCAAGACCACUCCUCUGUCCUAGUGGAAUACUAUUUCAAAGAAGUCUGCGGAAUGAUGUCCUGCUACGACAGCCAAUUAAACCCGUACCGAACCACCAUCUCCGAUAUUUGGUCGCGCUCGCCGUCACUAUACUAUGUCACGCAGAGCAUGGCAGCUGCAUGUCUGUCCGAGGUUUCGCCCAAGUUUACAUCCAUUGGACGUCGGCUUCGAGACCAAGCAGGGUCAUGCCUGUCAAAGGAAAUUCAGGAGUCACGGAUAGAAACAUCCUCUUUGCUGGCACUGGUUAUGCUUGGGAUGAGUCGCUGCUGGCACAGUCCUGGCGACGUAGGCCAGUCCGAGUUUGAAACGCUGGCGAAAAUAGUUGUAUCUUCGAAAUCCGGCCAGAGUGGCCUUGCUUUAGCUGAUGAGGAGAUGAGACAGUUCUUCUAUAAUUCCCUUGUCUACUGGCAGGUUCUGCUCGCGUUUGUCGUGGAUCGAGGAUCAAAUAUCCAAGACAUAAAGCAACCAAAGCCCAUCCAGCCAGAUUGUCUCCAAGUACAUGCGCCGCACAUUCCACAUCCUCAAACAGGUGUCGGGAUUGAGGUUGAGAUGCUUGUAGGAAAAGUCGGGGGCCUCGUUAGGAGAGAACGAAAGCGUAUCCAGUCCCGUCGGUUUGCGUCCAGAAACGACAUCGACCAGGCUCAAAAGGCCAUUCUCGAGGCAGAACAACUGCAAAUCCAGCUCUGUGCAAUCCAGCUGCCACUCGAAAACACAAUUGUCAACUGCGGUGAUGAUAUGACACCGGGAGAUCACCUGGUGAGGAUUGCAGAGGCAUACAGGUGUACGGGCUUGCUGCAGCUCUAUCGGAACUUCCCAGAUCUCCUGUUACCAUCUGCGUCCCUGUAUGAUCCAACGCAGGAGUUCACGGCCCUCAGUUCGACUCCGGGCGCAUCACUGAUCUACGUGGCCCUGCAUAUCCUUGACCUUGUAGAGAGCGUUCCUAUAACAUCAACAAGCAGGUCAAUCCAGCCAUUCUUGCUCGUCAGUAUCUGCAGUGAGCUGGCUCUUGACCGUGCGGGUUGCUCGGUGGCUGGCGCACAGAGACUCCCCGUGGCCAGUCUGUCAUUAAGUCCAAGGCUAACUACACAAGUGACUGAAAUUGACAUCCUGCGCGCAAGACGGUCCAUUACCUCGCGACUUUCAUCCUUUGAGAACACGCUGGCUGCCAAGCCUAUACAGCAAAUGCUGAAGUUGGUCAAAGAGACCUGGGCUUCGAUGGAGAAUAAUGAGGACGUGUAUUGGAUGGAUGUCAUGAUGGCCAAGGGAUACGAGGUCCUCAUGGGCUGA